AAUUAUUUUAGAAAUGAAGGCUUGGUUUCACGUCACUGUCAUGUAUUGUUCCGCCUCUAAAACUCACUUUUAGACUUCAUAAAAAUGGCCUCAGUAUUUCACCUAUGCUGCGAAGCAGCUCAGAUUAAGCAAAACGUUAUAACGAAAUAUUCUGAACUUGCCGAAAGCGACAAAAAAUUAUACUUUUCAGCAGUUGCAAUACAACGAACAUGGCGAGGAUAUUGGGUUCGAAAAGUGAUUAAAAACUGGCACAGCAAAGCGACCACGAUUCAGCGAUUUGUAAGGGGUUGGUUAGUCAGACUUCACCUGCCUGAAAGACUGAAAAAUUACCACUAUUUUUUGAGUACUAAGUACUACAACGAGAAAGCUACGAAAAUUCAAGCGCUUUGGAGAGGAUAUUGUGCGAGAAAAGUGGGCGUCUCUGUCAAAGAUAUUCUAAGACAAAGGCACGAAAUUGAGAUGGCUAAUAUGGAGAUGCAAAAUCAGAUGAGGGAAGCGUUUGAAGAAAUGCGCGCUUCGGCCUGGACUGAGACCCACAAAUAUGUCGAAAAAAUCCUCAUGAUGUUGUUUGAAAGACACCACCUGUUAAGAACACGGAACCAAGAAGGGGUUUUUUCAAUUCAUGGUUCAACCGAACUUUCAUGCGUUGAAAGAAUAUUACGUAGUUUUCCUCUGAAAGACUACAUGACACAGUUACAUGAAGCAAAUCAAAACUCUACUUCUCAAACGUUGCAAGAGGAUAAGAAAACGUUUGAUCUAAAUACUACAAUAAAGGACAAACCGUACGAAAGGCUGCUCCUAACACGAGACUAAAGUGCAAACAAUAUUAAUAUUAGACAUCUCUUCUAUUAACUAUUUGAUCGUUAUAUUAUAUACAAAAAUUUACAUAAAUUCCAUUACAAAGAUUCUAAAUUUAUGGUACUUGAUAAUCCGAAUAACAUGAAGCAACACCACAGUUGGAGUCGAAGAGUUUUGAAGCAGCUUGAAAUGCCACCAUGUCGAGACUUCCUUGAUGAGCUGACAUCAUCCCACUUUGGUUGAGCGACAUGUUCCCCAAAAUAAGCUCCCUGUAAUAAAAAAAUGUGAACC